CCGCACCCGGGGCGCUCCGCUCCGCCCCGCUCCCGAUUGCCCCGCAUUGUAUAGCCCCGAUCCGCGCCGCCCCGCACCGCACAGCACCGAUCCGCGCCGCCCGCCAUGUCGGCGGCGGGCCCGACCCCGGCCCCGCGCUGGGUGCCCACCCACGUGCAGGUGACGGUGCUGCAGGCGCGGGGGCUGCGGGCCAAGGCGGCCGAGGGGCAGGGCGGCAGCGACGCGUACGCCGUGAUGGCGCUGGGCCGCGACAAGUUCUCCACGUCGGUGGCCGAGCGCUGCCAGGGCCGCCCGGUGUGGCGGGAGGAGGCCACCUUCGAGCUGCCGCCGCCGUCCCGCCCCGCCGCCCUGCGCCUCACCGUGCUGCACCGCGCCCUGGUCGGCCUCGACAAGUUCCUGGGCCGCGCCGAGGUCGAUCUGGCGGCGCUGAGGGAGGACGGCGGCCGGCGGCACAGCAGGUGGUACAAACUGCGCUCCAAGCCAGGGAAGAAGGAAAAGGAGAGAGGGGAGAUCGAGGUGGACAUCCAGUUCAUGAGGAGCAACAUGACGGCCAGCAUGUUCGACCUGUCCAUGAAGGACAAGCCCCGCUCCCCGUUUGGCAAGCUGAAGGACAAGCUGAAGGGGAAGCGGAGCAGCGGGUUCUCUGACACAGCCUCGGCCAUCGUGCCCAGCACCACGCACUCCCCGGCUGAUAGCGAAGAUGAGGCAUCCGAGAAGGAAAAGAAGAAGUCCAAGUUCAAAACGCUGUUUUCCAAACCUGGCCUGCAGAAGACUUCCCUCUCACAGUCCAUGUCAGUGCUGCCCACCCCUCAGCCCUUGGCUGCGAAGGUCAAGCUCAGGCCCAGCGACUUCCAGCCGCAGUGGGACGACGAGGACUCGGAGACCUCUCCAACCUCAGAACGAGCCUUUGAAAUUGCCCCAGAUGAGAAGUCCUCUCCUUCUUUAUUUAAACAUCGUAAAGCAGCAACUUUGGACAACAGGCAACUAAACCAACCGACCGCUGGCAACACCAAGAAAGAAGGGCUCUCUUUAUUUAGUGGCCUUAAAUCUAAAAGCGAUCCAGUUUCCAAGUCCAGUUUGUGUAUCAAUGGCAGUCAUGUUUAUAUGGAAGAGAACACCCUGAAGGACAGCACUCCAGCUUCUUCCCCCUCUCCUCGCAACUUCAGGAAGAAGCAGGUCUUUGCUUCAGAAGAGAACCUCGCUUCCAGGUCUUCUAAAGGACCUGAGGAGAUGGGAAGAACGUCUCCCAGCAAUGCUUUGUCUGGGUCUGCAUCCUUGGAGACCUUUAAAGCUAUGUCUUUGCCAUCAUACAAGUUGCUGAGCAGUGAGGAGUACGUGGAAACCAGUGUUCCUGUGAGUGUUGAGGUUACCAAAGAGACCAAAAAAACGGACCAGAAAAAGUCUGCCUUGCUUUCCCUGGUCACGGGAAAGAAGGAGGCAGCGAAAACCGGUGAUGCUGAAAGCAUCCCAGACAGAACUCAGAAGGAAGAGGAAGACAAAGCUGCAGAAGAGAAAAGUGAACAAGAGGCCAAAUGUCUUGAACCUCCAGCAGAUUUAAGCAGAGGAAAUCUUUCAGAAGGCAGUCGCCCAGAAGUCUUCACAAGUAAGCAACCGCUCAACCCGUUCGAGGAAGAACGGAAACCUGAAAAAGCAGCUGCACCAGCAAAGACCAAAGCUGUCAAACCCAGACUGGGCCUGUCUUCAGAGGAGGAAACCAAAGCCACUCUUCCUACUCUUGCAUCCGAUUCCCUUCCUGCUUAUCUGUCUGUGCACCCCAUCAGUAGUGACAACAAUCCUUUCAUUUCUAAAACGGGACAGAAAGGACCAGACUCUGCAGGCCUUACUUCUGCACCUCUUCCUUCUCCUUUCACUGCAGAGCUUUUGAGCGGCAAGAACCCCUUUAACCCCAGCUGGGGCAGGGUGUCCCCAGCCCUGGGUUCUGACCAUGCUGCCAUCCCUUCAUCCCAUCGCUUUGCAGCCUCUGCUCCCAAAGGGCAGGUCUUCACUAGUGGCAAUAAUCCUUUUGCUUCUGAAUGGGGCCAGGGUCCUGAAGGCUGUGAUGCGCGUGCUUCCUGCGGUGGAUCUCCUCUGCCUGCACCUUCUCUCCAUUCUGGUGGUCAUUUUAAUGGCAAUAAUCCAUUUGUAUCCAAGAUUGGAUGGGGAGCGGAUGCGCCGGGUCUCACAGCUGUCUCUGGUUCUUCCCCUGCUGGCCUUCCUGGUGAUGAAGACAAUUCCUCAGCAGGACUCGCUGCUGAUCUGAGCUGCUCUGCUAUCACUGCUUCAGGGGGCUCUUCAAGUGUGGCUUUAACUCGUAACAUAAAUGCUGUACCAAACCCUCCUGGCACUGCUCCUGUCAACCCUGGUGUGGCUCCAAAGAAUCAGUGUGAUUCUGCACAGGUGCAGGUAGACCCUUCUUUAAACAGAAGCAAGUUAGUGCUCUUCCCAGAGAAUGGUGCUGAACAGGCACCCUCCUCUGACAGCGAGCUCAAAGAGAAGCAGGGGGUAUUGAAUGAAAAGAGGAGGGGGGAACAUUCACCCACAUCAGAGCCUCAGGAAGCUCCCGCUAAAAACGAGUCAUCUUCUCCAGUGGGAUCUGUGAAAGCAGCCCUGGGAGCUCACACAUGGUCUCCUCAAGAAGCUGCUGCAGGGAGAGCUGGCGGGGAGGGGGCUGUCACACCGCAGCCAGCACCGCGGCUGUCUCUAAUGCAGAAGUGCCCCCCGGUUUCUCAGGCUGAUGAGUUAAGUGAUGUGCCUUCAGAGGAGGCUGAGGGGCCUGCGUCUGGCCUUCCCUUCCAGAAUGAGAAAGCCCCAGGUGCUCAUGGGUGCCUCCCUCAGAAUGGCUCAGUGACAGCUCUCGUUCCACCAGUAAAGCUCAGAGCUGACAGCAGCGACAGACGCAUGAAAAAGGAAGGGGACGAGGAUUUGUUUGAUUCUCUUACAAAUCUGAAGUCUGCCCUCCCAGUUGCUGGAGAUCAUGGCGUGAGGCUGGCUGCCCUUCCUGCCAUUCCCGAGGCAGGCUCUGAUGAUGAGCUGCAGGGUGACUGGCAGGAAAACCACGGUGUUGCUGCAGAUGAUCAGAACGUUUCGGAGUCUGUAGAUAGAAUGCCUUUGCAUGAGAACCAGAGGGAGAGCUCUGAUAGCUCUGCUGCAGGCACAGUAACUCUGUCUGCAGGAGGAGGAAGUGCUCUGCCUGUGCUGCCUGCAGGAGGGCAGGGUCACGGAGUCAGUAACCAGACACCUGAGUCAGGGAUGACGUCUCAUUCCAGUGAGCACAGUCGUUGUUUUGAGAAAGGUGUAAUAAGUUCUGGUGUUGAGGAGCGUGCAGAGAGUGACUUCUUUGAGCCUUCUGUUUCCUCUUCCUCCCUGUCGUGUUCUUCCCAGCCCUGCUCCUCCUUUCGCUCCCUCUCCUCUGACACCCCAAGUCAGAGAGCAGAGUCUCCGAAAAAGCCAGCAGCAGAGGGCUUCGCAGAUAAAGCAGGAAAUUCUGGCAAGAAGAAGCUUCUUCAGGCAUGGGUUUCACCCUCUGAAACAUACCCUAACCAAACUCAGCAGAGUGGUGAAACCAUGUCUCCUAAGCACAGACUUCAUCCUGUGAAGCCAAUGAAUUCCACAGCAAAUAAGUCCCAAAGCAAAGACCUGAAUGUCAUCAGUGCUAUGAAUGAGAAGCUGCUCGAGAUGAACAUAAAGAAAUACAAUCCUUCAGAUCCUGCCUACGUUUAUGCUCAGCUCACGCAUGAUGAGCUGAUCCAGCUGGUCCUGAAACAGAAGGACACAAUCACCAAGAAGGAUCUCCAGGUGCGUGAGCUUGAAGACUACAUCGAUAACUUGCUUGUCAGAGUCAUGGAAGAAACCCCAAACAUUCUUCGUGUUUCAACUUCUGGAAACAGAAAAGCUGGAAAGAUGUGAGAGCUCCUUGGAUGUCCAACAGAAGACUGAGAUCCUGCCAGCAGGGUUUGAUUAAUAAGGAGACAACGUGAAGUAGGUGGUGCUGCUGUGCUGCCUGCAGACCAUGAGCUCUUUCCUGAUUGAUUCUGGCUUGAGCAGCCAUCAGUUGGAGUAGUGGUUACAUCAGGUCUUGUAUAUGGAGCCCAGGAGUAGUCAUUUACCAUAUUUAUUUAUUGGCCUUUUUCCAUUAUUUGGGAAGAUUUGUUCAGGCAUCUCAUCCAAAGUCUGAUUGCGAUAGGAAGGAUGAAGGGUUUGUUGGUUUUUUUUUUGUGUUUUCCUUGCCAGCAAGGCAAUCCUGAUCCUUUUAUGAAGAUUUUUUUUCAUCGGUUUGUUUUUUAGCAGCUUUGGUAGCUCAGUUACUCAUCUGUCCACAUCUGAAGUUGUAGUGCAAUAUAAAAUCUUGUACAAUAGAGCUUGAGAAUUUGAUUGCUUUUAUGUUUAUCUUUUGACAGCUACACUGGAGGAGCCCAAAGAUGUAUGCUUCAGAACAGGGCUGCAUGGGCUGUAUUUUAAAAGCAAUUAAUGCCCUAAAACGGAGUGCAAAUUAAACCUCAGAUUGGAAAGGAAGAAGCAAAGCUAAAUGAAUGACACAAUAUAAGCAAAGCAGUUCUCCCAGGGGAAGGUUGGCAGGGUUUUUUCAUGAAGGAGACACAGAUGUCAUGGGACAUUUGUCCACCGUAGGAAUAAGGAGUAGCAAUGGUACGUUAUGUUGGAAGCUGUUCUCCUCUGGGCUUCACAUUCCUGCUUUGAAGGUUGCUCCAAAUGGGAAGACAAAGGUACACCUGGAUUCUGCCCACUAUUCCUGAACUGGUGUGGAUUUCACUGUACACAUGCAUGGCCUGUGUCUCUUGCUGCACGGAAGUUCUGUGACAAUUUUGGUGUUAUACCACUGCAGUUUAUUAAAUCUAAGUGCCUUGAAUUUUGGAGCUUACCUUGGAGCAACCUUCAAGGGCAAUCAGGCUUAAAAACUCAUCUCUUUUUUAUAGUCAGUAUAUGUUAUAUACAGCUACAAAAGGAACCAAAUUCCGCUCUCCCCUUGGGGUGGGAGCAGUCAGAAUGCCAGCACUCAGGUCUGGUUGUGUUCUUUGUGACUUGAGCUCAGAAAGGAACGAGAAUUUUAUGUUGCCGGUUUUGCAAGACAAUCAGAUGUUCCUUAAUUUGUGGCUUCUUUGCAGCUCAGUAGAGACAGGGGCGUUCUCCCCGUCGCCUCAAGCAGAAAGCAGCAGCACUGUGCUAUGAAGCAGCCACAACUCCAGGCUUUCUGCACUGAAAGUUAAACCUGCCUCUUUUUUUUUUAUUUUGUGGUGAUCUCUUGGCAAAGAUCAACAAACCGGAUUCCUUUGCAGCUCUUAGGUUUACCAGGGUCUGUGAAUGCUUUGGAAGAAAGCUGAAAUACCAAAAGAGUGGGUGGCAGAGGAACAAAGUGAGUGCUCCCACCUUCAGCAGUCGAGGUAAUCUGUUAAUUAGGUCACUCCUGCCAUAGCCUGCAAGGAAGGAGUUUCUAACACAGUUUUCCUACAGCAAAGCACUUUAUUGAGGGAUUGAUUAAUAACCUCUUCGUAGUCUUAAUAAUCUUACUAUUUUCAUAAAACACUAAAAAUUACUGGAGACUUCUCACAGAAAUACUGUAUUUUUGUAGUGAAAAGUAGUUUGAUAUAUUAUCCUAGAGGGGUACGCGUUCAUUGGAGAAAUCAAAGAAAAAAAUCAAAGCUGCUUCUCAUGCCUUGAAAUAGCGAGCGGGAUGAAGGAGCGCUCUGCUUCCUCCCUGUGGAUCUCUGGGAAGAAGUUGCCGAUACCUCAUGGAUAAACUUGGCUUCCGGACUUUAUUCCACACCUUUCUGAUUUUUCUGGCUGAGAGAGUCAGAAAAACCAGUAGUGCCUUCGAGCAACGUUACAAUUCCAAAUCAUGGGUGCUGUGGUUGGUAGCCAUCACUGGACGCAGGCUGAGGAAGGCCUGCCGUGGCUUUACGGUUCUCAUUUCAGCAGUGAGGGCACUGCUGUGUCUCUGGCUGCUGAGCUCUCUGUGAUGCUGUGCGUUUUGCUCUUGCAGUUUGGAUUUCACGAAGCUUUGACAGCGGGUUGUGUGCAUUCCUUUUGGCAAGGGUGUGUAUCCCGAGGUUCUGCACACAAGCAAAGUGGUGACGUAUGCUAAUAAGUCUCCUUAGAGACGAAGCCUUAAAACUUGUACGGCCCUUUGCCGGUUGCCACUUUGCCCAUCAAGGUGUGCGGCCUUUGCAGUGUGGGUUGUGUCCUGUGGUGACAGGUGCUGCUGCAGGCAGCGCUCCUGGAUGAGCCGCUUCCAUUCCGCAGCUGUGAGAGCUUGGCCCAAACCUGGACCUCCAUCUCUGAUCAGCAAUCCUAUUCGCAGCCUUUCUCUGGUGUUAGGGGUGCUCGCCUUGGUUUUAAGGGGCCUAAGAAUCGAGUGCGUCUUAUUGUUUGAUUACUGAAGGACCUGAAGGAACUUGUCCCUGUUUAUACUGUCUGCUUUUAUCACGGGUACUGUUUGUUUUUAAAUGCCCUUGGUUUUGUGGAACACUAAAAUAAAAAGUCCCUUAAUUCCAA